GAAUCAGGUUGGCAGAUUGUGUGGAGGAAAGCUUCAUUUUAGGAGGAGCCUUAACUUCAAAGAAGUAAUGAACAAGACAGACACUGCAAUCUAGAGAUUCUGCGAGUGUGUGUAUGUGUGGAACGGAACUCUGCAGCUAAAGAAAUAUCUCCAACCAGAGAAUGCAUUACCCAUUUUUUAAUUAAUUCACCAACUUUAAAAUCAAGGAAGAAAAUACAUCAACUACUUGAGACUGGCUACUGGUUCUGAACAUUUGGAAAUAUUAAGCAUAAUCAUAUUCUUAACUCAUGGUGCAGGAGAAAGGAAGAAAAAUGAUUCAGCAGGGAGCAUACAGAUGGUCCCAUUUCUUCUCCUUUUUGUUGGUGUCCAUCAUUCCAGCUGUGAGAGCCGAGUAUUCCAGCUGUGGUGAGAAUGAGUACUACAACCAAACCACCGGGGGCUGCCAAGUGUGCCCCCAGUGCCAGGCUGGGGAAGAACCGUACAUGAGUUGUGGCUAUGGUACUAAAGAUGAAGGCUAUGACUGCAUGCCUUGCCUACCAGGCAAGUUCUCGAAGGGUGGCUACCAGAUCUGCAGGAGACACAAGGACUGUGAUGGGUUCUUCCGGGCGACUGUCCUCACCCCUGGCACGGCAGAGAGCGAUGCAGAAUGCGGGCCUUGUCUACCAGGUUACUAUAUCCUUGAGAACAGACACAGGAACAUAUAUGGGAUGGUGUGCCACUCCUGUUUGAUGGCACCCUCAAACAUCAAAGAAUGUAUGGGCACCAUGCUCAGCGAUUCUGGUAGUUCUAGCAGAUCCUUCUCCUCUAGCACCACCACUUCAUUCCCACAUGCCCAUAAAGCAGACCUGACUGGACAAGGACACUUGGCUACAGCUCUUAUAAUAGCAAUGUCAACAAUCUUCAUUAUGGCUAUUGCCAUUGUGUUAAUCAUCAUGUUCUACAUACUGAAGACAAAACCCAAUUCUCAAGCGUGUUGCUCCAGCCACUCAGUCAAGACUGUUGAAGCACAGACCAGCAAGCAGGAAGAGAAGAAGGAAGCUCAAGAGAAUGUUGACAAACUCAAACCAAAUCCUCCAAAGACUGUCAAAAGUGAAAACGACGCUUCGUCAGAAAACGAGCAGCUUCUCAGCAGAAGUAUCGACAGUGACGAGGAGGCUGCCCUAGAGAAGCAAGGGACCACAGAUUUAUGCCUGUUGUCACUAGUUCAUUUAACCCGUGAUAAGUCCUCAUCCACAAACAAUAAGUCCACUGGGAUUCAGAGUCGAAGGAAAAAGAUCCUGGAUCUCUACACUAAAGCAUGCAGUGUUGCUGAAGGUCUCAGCCCCACUGAGCUGGCUUUUGACUGCCUGGAGAAGACGAGCAGGAUGCUUAGCUCCACAUACAACACAGAGAAAGCCAUCGUGAAAACGUGGCGCCACCUGGCCGAGAGCUUUGGUCUGAAGAGAGAUGAGAUCGGGGGCAUGUCAGACGGGAUGCAGCUCUUCGACCGGAUCAGCACAGCUGGUUACAGCAUCCCAGACCUGUUGACCAAGCUGGUGCAAAUCGAGAGGCUGGACGCGGUGGAGUCCUUGUGCACAGAUAUUCUUGAGUGGGCUGAGAUACCGGAGACCACAAGCCCUGCUCUCUCAUCCAGAUGUGCCAGCGUGUGAGCUGCUGCUAUAGCCUGGACCACUGGAAAAUGAAGAAUUAAGUGUUUCUAAGCUCCGCGAUUUCAGAAAAAAACACUUUUUUAGCCAUUUCUACUUUCAGAUAUGUUUAAAUGCAAUUCUCUGUAAGGAGAAGCGAAAGCGAUUGUAAUUGAAUUCCAGUCAUGUUAAGAGACGGACCUUUCAGACAUUUUUUAAAUGAUUUUGGGAACAGUGUGCUGGUCACUCUGAGAAAGACUUUUAAUAUUGAUUUACAAAUAAACAAAACUGUUUGGUAUCUGUGGAGAAUCAUGAAAGCAUUAUAACCAAGGAUUUGAUCAAGAGGAACAUUAAUUUAUUAUCUAAUUGUUCCAGAUUUCUGCUAACACUUUACUGCAAGUGCCUUCUUACUGUUUUCUUGAAUAAACCGAAGCAAGCAGGGAUGCACAUGCUGUUCCAACACACUUAUUGAUGUCCAGUAUUGGACACUAUUCACAAAGCUUUAACUAGUUAACAGUACUGUUCAUGGUGUCUUAACAUGGAGUCCAGAACAGUUUCAUGAAUGUCAGGCUUUAAAAACAUUCGUUAAAUUUCUCAUGAGUUUGUGAACAAAGUCCUAACCUUCUGCAGUAAUAAUGUGCUCCCAGCCUGUGCUCAAAAUGCUGUUGGCUCUUUUUGUUGCUCGUGGUGUGUCGCUUUACACUUACAGUAUUUCCUGUCACGAUAUUCUUCUCUUUGGCUGUUCCCAGCAUUCGUUCCAUUUCCAUUCAGUGGUUUUUUGUUUGUCUUAAAGGAAAAACUGACCACUAAUGUAACACAUUAACCGACAUUCCCUUUUAAAUUGGUUUUAUUAUGAGGGAAACCUGAUGAAGCCUGAUUUCUACCCAACCAAAAUGGAAUUGAUAUAAUCUGGGUCAAACCCAAAAUUCAUUCCAAAAGUAUGUCAAACGAUUAGUUAUUAACGCAAGUUGCUAUAAAUCAAGGAUACUUUCUAAAACACUGAAUCUGUAUCCUUUUUGUAAAAACAAAUAAAGGCGUUUCCUUUUUUAAUAAGUCAAUUAAAUAGAGGUGUGUUAAAACAUAAAGUUCCUGAAGUUUUAGUUGUUAAAGAGUGCAUUAUGUUAAAAUAGGAAGUGAUUUCACACAGUUUCCUCCUUUUCUCUGUGUAGUAUGUGCAGAAUUAUUGCCUGAUUAAAUACAUUUUAAAAAAUUAAGAAUUUAACACAUUUUUUAACCCUGAAAACAGUAAAAAAAAAAAAAAACAUAUUUAGAACCUUACCGUGCUUAUACUAUAAAUCUACUGUGUUAUGAUUAACUAUGCUUUGUCACACCUAUUUCUGUUUUUCCAGCUUGCUUAUGCUUAUCCAUGCCUUUACUGUGCUGUAUUACACUUCGCUGUGCCUUGCACAUAAAGCAGUUAAGGUUAACAUUUGAAACGUUUAAGUUUUUAUUCAUUUAGAAAAGCUUAGUGAAACAGUUAAUUUAGAGAUAAACAAUUGAAUUUUAUGAAAACCUUUUUGUUUGUUUUAAUUGUGUGCUUUCUUUACACCUCUGGUUCAAAGUGUUAUUUUCCAACAAGUGAUUAAACCCAUAUGGGAGAAGCCAAUGUUAAGUGAUGUGCUGCUGCAUAUAUAUAUAUAUAUAUA